AAACAGUGAUCUCCACUUAGCUUGUAAAUGCACAUCGCCCUCUUUCUCACUCAUAUAUUCUCUCUCUCUCUCUCUCUCUCUGACACACACACACACAUACACGCUCCUGGAUUUGCAGAAGACAGACAUCUAGGGCACUUCUUGGCAUCCACAGGAAAAUCAGAUGGGAUUAAAAACCCCCAGCAGAUUUGCUGAAAGCUGCCUCUCGAGGGUUACAAGUUCACCUUUUGCAUUUCCAGCUGCUUGUUUACUAUCCAAGUGGCAACCUCUGGACAGCCAGUGAUCCAUUCAUUAUCCCCACUGAUUGAGUGCAGGAGCAGCGCAGUGCUAACUACUUCACUCAGCUGACGGCAGACAACAGAAGGAGGAAAAUGAUGAAUUCGGACAAUUUAACCUCCCAAAGCUUCCUCUCUGCGAUUCACAGCAACACCAGCAAUUUAUUCUCAGGGCUCCAGUUUGUUCAGUCCUUCAAGCCACUCAUCAUCCCCUGCUACUCGCUGGUGGUUUUUAUCGGUGUCAUCGGGAAUUACCUUCUCAUCUAUGUCAUCUGCAAGACGAAAAAAAUGCACAACGUCACCAACUUUCUGGUAGGCAAUCUGGCUUUCUCAGACAUGCUUAUGUGUGCCACCUGUGUGCCCCUGACCCUGGCCUAUGCCUUUGAGCCCCGGGGCUGGGUUUACGGGCGCUUCAUGUGCUACUUUGUUUUCCUGAUGCAACCUGUCACGGUGUUUGUGUCUGUCUUCACCCUGACUGUCAUAGCUGUGGACAGGUACUGUGCCACGGUGUACCCCUUCCGCAGGAGGCUCACCAUCCCCAUCUGUGCUUACAUCCUGGCUGCUAUUUGGCUGCUGAGCUGCACCUUGGCUGCCCCAGCUUUGGUGCACACCUACCACGCAGAGUUCCCGGAGCUGGACUUCUCCAUCUGCGAGGAGUUUUGGUUCCACAUGAAAAGAGAUCGCUUGGCUUACGCCUACAGCACCCUCAUCAUCACCUAUGUAUUGCCUUUGGCUGUCAUCUCCCUGUCCUACCUGAGGAUCUCAGUCAAGCUGAAGAACCGUGUAGUCCCGGGCAAUGUCACUCAGGGCCAAGCUGAGUGGGACCGUGCCAGGAGGAGAAAGACUUUUCGCUUGCUGGUCUUAGUGGUGGCAGCCUUUGGAAUCUGUUGGCUGCCCCUGCACAUCUUCAACAUGAUAAAGGACAUCGACAUCAGCUUGAUUGACAAGCAGUACUUCAACUUCAUCCAGCUGCUGUGCCACUGGUUUGCAAUGAUGUCUGCUUGUACCAAUGCCUUCCUCUAUGCCUGGCUCCACGACAGCUUCAGGGGAGAGCUGAAAAAAAUGUUUGCCUGGAGGAAGAAGAAAAUUGGACCCGCUACAAACUGCAUCAUGGCCAGUGUGGUGCUGUAAAUGAGAGCUGGUGGGAGUGCACCUCCUUUGUACAUGAACAUUGGGAUAUCCAGAAGGAGAUGAUGCCAAAAAUCUCUACACCUACAUUUCCUACAAUUCCUACAUUUCCUACAAUUCCUGCAUUUCCUACAAUUCCUACAUUUCCAUGAGGCGCUGGAGCCAAGCAGCAGCAGGAGGACUGCAAAGAGAAGCUUGCAGCUUUCAGCUUGGAGAUGGGCUCUGCUUCUCCUGCUGAGCACAGUUCUGGGUCUCCAGAAAACAUGCUGGAAAGGCAGCUGGUGGCUCCCAGCAGCAGGAGUGGUUUUAAUGCUGUGCUUUGUGAGAAGCUGGUGCUGGGUGUGUGCUGGGCAUCACUCAGUGCAGCUCAGCUUCUCCCCAGCAGCAUCACCACAAAGGUGACUGCUCAGCCUGGGGCAGCUGUGCUCUGGGGAGGCUGAUCAGCUCGAGGUGUUGUCUCUCUUUCUAGAGCUUCCCAGCCUCAGGGAGAUGUGUUUGUUUACUGUUUGUUUACUCCAUCACACCCACAAGACAGGUGAAAAUGAGAGAGCAAACGACAUGGGAGCCAUGGUGCACUGUCCCAGGCUGCCACCACCCACAGCUGAGUUUGUGACCUGCUGUGCUUGAGAGUGGGAAGGAGAAGCAACAGAUUGUGCUGGGAACCAACCCCAUCUUGGGCUCCUGGAGGCAGGGCAAGAAAGAAAGCAAAAAACCAAAUUUCUGAUCUUCAAGCUGUCAAAAUCCAACCAAAGGGUGAAUCUGUAAUCACCCAGAGGCUGCUCCUGUACCAAUGUAGGAGCCACUCAAUCCUUCUGAGAGCAGGGUUCCUCACCUGUGGCGUAUGAGCUCAGUGUGUUUGCUUUGUGGUGUCCUUCUUCCCUCCCCUCAACCCUUCAGUGCAACAGGAGCAAGCCAGGCAAAAGCAGGAACAUUAGGGUGAGGCCCACAUCCCAUUUCUGUACAGAGGAGUUGAGGGCAGAUGCACUUGUGACAGGGUUUUUAAAAUAAAAAUAGUUUAAAGUUAAGGGAUGGAGGUCCAAGGCAAGUGUUCAACCAACCCGCUCCUCAGCAACUGGAAAAACUCUGGAAGAAGUAAGAUGACAAAAAAUAUUAUAUGCAAGAGCUAGCUAUGAGCUAAAUAACCAAUAUAUAAUACAUACAAAGUAUUUCAAAUAAUUACACAACAAAAUUAUCACUCAGCUUUGGAAUGAUUUCCCCUUGAUUAUUGGAUCAUUUUAAAAUGCAACAUCUGUUGUUAAUAUGCAUAAAUUAAAAAAGAUAAAAAUAAAUUUGAAACCAUCUGAAGCACUUGAGAGCAUAUGGCAGACCUGUUUAAUCUUAACAAGUCAAUAAUAUUAUCAUUGUGAAUCACUUCUUCAUUAAAACAUGUAUUAAUGUCUGUUGCAUAAAAUAAUGUCUAUUUAUAAAAGCCUUUUGUGCCACCCAUGCAAUUGUCACUUGUCACAGCUAAUUCUAGAUUGCUUUGAUACUACCUUCUCUUGGAAAAUUGUCACAGGCUGAGGACAGAGGAAAUGCAAAUCAUCACCUGUCAAAGUUCUGACAACAACACAGACAAAGUCAAGGGAAGAUUUUGAAGACCUGUGUUUUUCUGUAGUGACAAAAAUAUGGGUUUCUUUGCUUUAGAGGCAUUGUGGAAAGCACUGUUCCAAACAGUUUUUACUUCCAAAAAAUCUUGUGUACAGUGUCUGACAAAACUUGCGUUAUUUCAUGGUUCUUAACACUCUUUUCUUAUUGCCAAAUGAAGAAACUAUUCACAUGAACAGCUUAAUUUACAGUGUUGAAAAUAGGGAUAAUUAGGCAAGCACUUUCUCUUCCAGUUCUCACAUGAAGUAUUUAAAAACAGGGAUGGAAGGUGGGUUUGGAGAGGGCUGAAUUGACACAAGAAUGGUGUUAAAAUUUUUAACAGUUGUGAAUGAAAACUAAAUGAAGAUUGUCAGUACAGCUUUCUAAAUCUGAAGCUAUUUACAUUCAACUGUUGAAAUUCAAUGAGGUGGAUAAAAGGUAAUGUGAAGCUACACUGAGCUUCACAGUUCACCUAUUUAAAAAUAGUUGCAAAAAUGGCAAACCUUACAGAUUACUCUAAGCUGCCUUAGCAGAGGGGAAAUAGAAUACAAGGGAAGUUCCAACGUGUUUCCUGUUAUACAAUAUUCCCAAGUUCCCCUUUGGGAAUUAGAAAAUGCUUGUUUUCUUCCCCCUCUAGAUCAGAAGCCCUCAGGAUGCAGCAGUUCCUCCCUCCACACAUUUUGUACAGUUUCUAGGAGGAGGAAGAAUCCCAGAUCUGAGAUAUCUCCUCCUAACAGCUCAGGGAGAUUGGAGUCCAUGUGGCACAAACCAUGAGGCUGAGCACAAGUACAUGUAAUUAUCAUCCUAAUAUACAGCCAAAACUAAACUCUGAAUUGGAGCUAUAGGUUUAUCAAGCACCACCUCUUCACAAGAAAUUAAUAUCAGUUUCCCUUCAGCAUCCAGCAUUAAAACAUUUGAUGAAGUG